AUGUCACAAUUGGAUUUUAAAGACAAGGUAGUCAUCAUCACUGGUGCUGGUGGUGGUUUGGGUAGAUACUACUCGCUCGAAUUCGCUAAAAGGGGGGCCAAAGUUGUCGUCAACGACUUGGGUGGUGCCUUGGACGGUCAAGGUGGAAACUCCAAGGCCGCUGACGUUGUUGUUGACGAAAUCAAACGCAAUGGUGGUACUGCUGUCGCUGACUACAACAAUGUUCUUGCUGGUGACAAGAUUGUUGAGACUGCAGUUAAAAACUUUGGUACUGUCCACGUUGUCAUCAACAAUGCCGGUAUCUUGAGGGAUGCCUCUUUGAAAAACAUGACUGAGCAAAACUUCAAGUUGGUUUUGGAUGUCCAUUUGAAUGGUGCUUAUGCCGUCACCAAGGCUGCUUGGCCAUAUUUCCAAAAACAGAAGUAUGGUAGAAUUGUCAAUACUUCUUCUCCAGCUGGUUUGUACGGUAACUUUGGUCAAACCAACUAUUCUGCCGCCAAGUCUGGUUUGAUUGGUUUUGCCGAAACUUUGGCCAAGGAAGGUGCCAAGUACAACAUUAUUGCCAACACCAUUGCUCCAUUGGCCAGAUCCAGAAUGACUGAAUCCAUUAUGCCACCACCAAUUUUGGAAAAAUUGGGUGCUGAAAAAGUUGCUCCUUUGGUUUUGUACUUGUCCCAUGCUGACAGUAAAGUUACUGGAGAAAUCUUUGAAGUUGCUGCUGGUUUCUUUGCUCAAAUUAGAUGGGAAAGAUCAGGUGGUGCUUUGUUCAAACCAGAUGAAUCUUUUACUGCUGAGGUUGUUGCCAAGAGAUUUGAUGAAAUUCUCAACUUUGAUGACUCCAAGAAGCCGGAAUUGUUGAAGAACCAACACCCACACAUGUUGAAUGAUUACUUGUCCUUGACUGAAGCUGCUAGAAAAUUGCCAGCCAAUGAUGCUUCUGGUGCUCCAUCUGUUUCAUUAAAGGGUAAAGUUGUUUUGAUUACCGGUGCUGGUGCUGGCUUGGGUAAGGAAUACGCCAAGUGGUUUGGUAGAUACGGUGCCAAGGUUGUUGUCAAUGAUUUCAAAGACGCCACCAAGACUGUUGAAGAAAUCAAGGCUGCUGGUGGUGAAGCUCAUGCCGAUCAACACGAUGUUGCUACUCAAGCCGAUGCCAUCAUCAAGAAUGUCUUGGACAAGUAUGGAACCAUUGAUGUUCUUGUCAACAAUGCUGGUAUUUUGAGAGAUAGAUCGUUUGCCAAGAUGACCAAGCAAGAAUGGGAUUCAGUUCAAGCUGUUCACUUGUUGGCCACUUUUAACUUGACCAGAUUGGCCUACCCAAUCAUGUCGGAAAAGCAAUAUGGUAGAAUUGUCAAUAUUACUUCAACUUCAGGUAUUUACGGAAACUUUGGUCAAGCCAACUAUGCCGCUGCCAAGUCUGCCAUCUUGGGUUUGUCAAAAACUGUUGCUAUUGAAGGUGCCAAGAAGAACAUCAAGUGUAACAUUGUUGCUCCACAUGCCGAAACCGCCAUGACCUUGACCGUUUUCAGAGAAGAGGACAAGAACUUGUACCAUGCUGAUCAAGUUGCUCCAUUGUUGGUUUACUUGGCAUCUGAAGAUGUUCCAGUCACCGGUGAGACUUUUGAAGCUGGUGGUGGAUGGAUUGGUAACACCAGAUGGCAAAGAGCUAAAGGUGCCGUUUCCAAGGAUAAGGACACUACUGUUGAGUUUGUUAGAGACCACUUGGCUGAAAUCACCAACUUUGACAAGGACACCGAGAAUCCAAAGAGUACUCAAGAAUCAUCCAUGGCCAUCUUGUCUGCUGUUGGUGGUGAUGAUGAUGACGAUGAAGAGGAGGAAGAGGAAGACGAAGGUGAUGAAGAAGAUCCAGAGGAAGAACAAGAAAUUGGUGAACCAGUUUGGAAGUUCGAUGACAGAGAUGUUAUUUUGUACAAUAUCUCUCUUGGUGCCACCACCAAGGAAUUGAAGUACGUUUAUGAAAAUGACAGUGAUUUCCAGGUUAUUCCAACAUUUGGUCACUUGAUCACUUUCAACUCUGGUGAAUCGCAAUCUUCGUUUGCCAAAUACUUGAGAAACUUUAACCCAAUGCUUUUGUUGCAUGGAGAACACUACUUGAGAGUCCACAAGUGGCCACCACCAACCGAAGGUGAAUUGAGAACUAGCUUCCACCCAAUCCAAACCACUCAAAAGGGAAGCAAUGCCGUUAUUGUCCAUGGAUCUCAAUCGGUUGACAACAAGACCCAAGAGCCAAUCUACUCCAACGAAGCCACUUAUUUCAUUAGACAAUGUCAAACUGACAACAAGGUGUACAAGGACAGAAGAUCAUUUGCAUCCAACCAAUGGACUGCACCAAAGAGAGACCCCGACUACCAAGUCGACGUGCCAAUCUCGGAGGACUUGGCUGCAUUGUACAGAUUGAAUGGUGACCGUAACCCAUUGCACAUUGACCCCAACUUUGCCAAGGGCGCCAAGUUCCCUAAGCCAAUCUUGCACGGUAUGUGUACUUAUGGGUUGAGUGCCAAGGUUUUGAUUGACAAGUUUGGUAUGUUUGAUGAGAUCAAGGCUAGAUUCACUGGUAUUGUGUUCCCUGGUGAGACUUUGAGAGUGCUUGCUUGGAAACAAGGUGAUACUGUCAUUUUCCAAACUCAUGUUGUUGAUAGAGGUACCAUUGCUAUUAACAAUGCUGCUAUCAAGUUGAUUGGCGAUAAGGCAAACUUGUAA